AGGCAGAGGGACCCAGCAGAGACUAGCAAAGCCUCUAAGUCAUCACAUUCCAUCAGAAAAAUCCAGAUGAACCAGAUGAAAAAGCACUUCAACAAUACUGCGAAACAACUGCUGGGACUACUGAACUCAGAAACACAGCAAGAUAUCAUAUUCGAAAUAUGGCUCAUAGUGACUUCCUCUACCCAGAUAACCCAAGGAGACGGGAAGAAGUAAACCGUCUUCACCAUCAGCUCCUUGAUUGCUUAUCUGACAGCUUCAAUGCCACCAAUAAGCUGAUUGGGGUUUUAAAUAUGCAUUUGGGGUGCAAGCUGGCCUCUAUUGAAAUGAAAAGAGAUGGGACCAUCAAAGAAAACUGUGAUAUCAUCAUCCAAGCUGUGAUGCAAAUCCAAAAGGAAUUGCAAAAGGUUGAUGAAGCACUAAAAGAUAAACUAGAGCCAACCCUUUAUAGAAAACUUCAAGAUAUUCAGGAAAGGGAAACAGAGAAAAUUGCAAUAGUACAAAAGGUUAUUUCAGUCAUCCUGGGAGAAGCUACUUCUGCAGCCAGUGCAGUGGCUGUUAAACUCGUGGGCUCAAAUAUCACAACUGGCAUAAUUAACAAGUUGGUCACUGUGUUAGCUCAAAUUGGUGCUUCUCUCCUUGGUAGUAUAGGGGUUGCUGUUCUUGGCCUUGGCAUAGAUAUGAUCUUCCGUGCCAUCCUGGGAGCAGUGGAGAAAACGCAGCUUCAAGCAGCCAUCAAAAGUUAUGAAAAGCAUCUGGUGGAAUUCAAGUCAGCCUCAGAAAAAUAUCACCAUGCCAUUACCGAAGUCACCAACACAGUGAAACACCAAAUGAAAUAAACAGCCACUUUAUUUGCCACUGGAAUAUUUUCCGCUUCUCUCAAUAAGUGUUUUGUUUCUUUGAUUAGGUUCAUUUCCCAUAAACUUCCAAGGUAAACAUAAAUAUUGUAAACAAAUUGGAAAAAGGAAUUAGAUAUGCUAAAACUAAGACGACUCUAGAGUUUUGCAUCAACAAUGAAUGCCUAGAUAAGUUGGUGCUAGAUUCUGUGAGAUGAAAGAUUAUAUCCCAGGAUGUCUUCUCACUCUGCUCUACCAGGACAUUAGAGUAAAUGCUAUGGGAGGGAAGCAUAUAUUGGGGUUACCUUUUCCUUUUCUAAUUCCCAGUUGCAAUUCUUAAAAAUGCAGAGACUUUCAUUUCUACUUCAGACAUCAUUUAGUUCUAAGGGGACAUACUUAGUAACUUCCACCUGCGAACAAACCCUAGGCCUUCGAAUUGAAUAGAAAAACUACCAUAGUUUUGACCAUCAGUAUAAAUCCAAUUUUUCUUAAACUGGAAGAGAUUGAAAUACGGUUUUUAACAAUUUACUUCAACGAUGAAAGGAGGCAGUGGUUCUGUAAACUUCUACGAAUUACACACAAUAAUCUGGAUGGAUUUAUAAAAGAUAAAAGUUAAAACUAAAAAAUAAAGGUUUGUUUCUAAAAUUGCGAUUAACCCU